CAAAUGACAUUGGCAUCAAAGAAUUAUAUAGAUCAUCAAUAUUUAUUUUCAUUCAAAGACUCAAGAAAAAUGUUACACAGAACAGACAUAACUCUCAUUAUAUAAAUCUUCAGCAAAUUAGAUGCAAAUAUUUUCUCUGAACUCAUAUUGAUGACAGUAGUUCUUUUUUUUUUUUUUUUUGACUGUGUAGAAUAUAAACAAGAUGUUUUGCACCUUUGUAGAUUUAGACAAAAAUCACAUUCAGAGAAAUAUCUAUUAGGAAUGGAAGGUAAAACUAUACAGAAAAUAAGCAUCUCUGUGUUGGGGUGGGAAAAGAAAAAUAAUCCUUUCUACAAUAGAUACAAGGUCUGAAAUUUACUGGGAGGGGAUUAGUUGAUAUAUCAAUCCCAAUGGUUCACUGGUACUUAAUGGAAGGCAAAGUUGACCUCAGCAGAAUUUGAACUAAGCAUUUUACCCAGCGUGCUAACGAUUCUGCCAGCUUGCCAACUUGGGAAAAGAAAAAUAAUGGAAAAUGAAUUACGCGAGGAAGAGGUUAAAUUCAAACCACAGUUUAAAAGUACCAAUUUUCCUAGUCAUUUAAACAAAAAGAAAGGAAAACCAUUGCACCGAUGUAAUAUUUGUGGUAAAUUGUUCUCUAAAUCUUAUCUCUUAACUAAUCACAAAUGUAUUCAUACAGGAGAGCAGCCAUAUCGCUGUGGUAUCUGUGGUAAAUCAUACUCUGGAUCUAGCAUGUUAGCAAUACACAAACGUAUUCACACAGGAGAGAAACCAUAUCAUUGUGAUAUCUGUGGUAAAGCAUUCUCUCAAAGUGGUCAAGUAACAACACACAAACGUAGUCAUACAGGUGAGAAACCAUAUUGUUGUGAUAUUUGUGGUAAGUCAUUCUCUCGAAGUGGUGCUUUAACUGGACACAAACGAAGUCAUACAGGAGAGAAACCUUAUCAUUGUGAUAUCUGCAGUAUGUCAUUCUCUGAAAGAGGUACCUUAACAAAACACAAACAUAUCCAUACAGGAAAGAAACCCUAUCAGUGUAAUAUCUGUGGUAAAUCUUUCUCUUCAAAGGGUAACUUAACUGAACACAAAAGAAGUCACACAGGAGAGAAAUUACAUCACUGUGAUAUCUGUGGUAAAUUAUUCUCUUCAAAGAGUAGCUUAACUGAACACAACCGUAGUCACACAGGCGAGAAACCACAUCACUGUGAUAUCUGUGGUAAAUUAUUCUCUCGUAGCAACUGCCUAGCUAAGCACAAACGAAGUCAUACUGGAGAGAAACCACAUCACUGUGAUAUCUGUGGUAAAUCAUUCUCUAGAAGUGAUUACUUAUCAGUGCACAGACGUAUUCAUAUAGAUGGGAAACUAUAUCAGUGUGAUAUCUGUGGUAAAUCAUUUCCUCGAAAUAAUCAAUUAACUGUGCACAAACAAAUUCAUACAGGUGAGAUGCCAUAUCGCUGCAAUAUCUGUGGUAAAUCAUUCUCUAGAAGUGAUUACUUAACAGUGCACAAACGUAUUCAUACUGGUGAGAAACCAUGUCGUUGUGAUAUCUGUGGUAAAUCAUUCUCUCGAAAUGAUCAAUUAACUGUGCACAAACGAGUUCAUACAGGUGAGAAGCCAUAUCGUUGUGAUGUCUGUGGUAAAUCAUUCUCUGUAAGAAGUCACUUACCGAGACACAAGCGUAUUCAUACAGUGUCAUCAUCAUCAUCAUUUAACGUCCGCUUUCCAUGCUAGCAUGGGUUGGACGAUUUGACUGAGGACUGGUGAAACCGGAUGGCAACACCAGGCUCCAAUCUAAUUUGGCAGAGUUUCUACAGCUGGAUGCCCUUCCUAACGCCAACCACUCAGAGAGUGUAGUGGGUGCUUUUACGUGUCACCCGCACGAAGGCCAGUCAGGCGGUACUGGCAACGGCCACGCUCGAAAUGGUGUCUUUUAUGUGCCACCCGCACAAAAGCUAGUCCAGGGGCACUUGCAAAAUAAUAAUAAUAA